CACGAAAUCCGAUAGAAUUUCUCUCUCCUAUAUACUUACCCCUCGAAUUUUGAGAGGCUUGUGUGCGCGAGUGUGCGUUGUUGAUGUCUAGAUCGAUUUUUUGUAUGUCUACGCGUUCCUUUCGUCGUUUCUUUUGUGUUUUCGAGCUGCUUUUUUGUGUUUCGGGGGGUAAGAUUUCGUUGUUUUGGGAUGAGAGGAAUAUGUGAAAAUGAGGUCUUGUUGUCGUGCAAGGCGAGAGAGAAAGCUUGGUUUAUUUGUAGAUGCAUUGUAGAAACGAAUUACACGUUUUUCCUCUGUUAUUCUUUGUUGCUAUUGUAUUGUGUUUUUGUAGGGCGUAUACAACCCUUUACUUUGAGAAACGUUUUUGUGCCUAUAUCGUGAUCGUGUUUUCGUUUUCAUGCGAUUCUCUGGGUUGGAUUUUUCCUUUGCGUUCCGUAGUGCAUUUCGUUUUUCAUUUUCUAUUCAGGAGGAGCCGGAUCAGCGCACGAGUAUAUCAGAGGUCCCACACACAAGCAUAUCCGCCUCUCGAUGAAUCGAUGAUCCGUAAUCGAAAUCCAUAGCCAAAUGACGGAUCCAAUGAGAUUGAAAAUAAUCGUCGGACUGCAGCACUACUGCUUGGGGCGGCAGAAAGAUAACAGCUGAUCGCUGCCGGCCGUUGAGUAAUGAGCGAGUCCCGGCAUCUUCGCUCGGUCUCCGAUUUGUACGCAGCCGACGAGAUAGAGGUGCUCCUCCUUGAGGAGAUUCGCGACCUGGAGCCUCCACCUGCCGCCUAUUCGCGGCCUGAAGACAUUCAGGACUUUGAAAUUGCAGGCAGCCGAACAGGAGGGCGCAUCAGCUCUCAAUCUUCGGAGCUGGAUUCUCCCGGGAUUCACUCGACGGUUCACUCCUGGAAUUCGCACACGAAUUAUGGAAAUUACGGACACGAUCAUCCACACGGAUCGUCAGCUAACGCCAUGCCUUGGCCAAGGACCAGCCAUCUGAUUUUCUACUGUGACAUACAGGGCCACCUCAAGACAGCUACCGGCCUUGUCAGACUACUUCUUCUCCUAUCAUCGGCAGCAUGUCUGGCGACCCUUUGUAGCUCGGGAACUGCUAAGGUCAGUCUCUUUAUGCUACCGCUAGUUGGAAGGCUUCGCUUCAUGAUAUUUGUUGCGGUCUUCUGUCUGUUAAUAACUGCGCUGCUUCUGUUUUUGGACAUCUCGCACGUCGUAUACUUCUUUCCCUUUAAUUGGGCACGACUGAAUGCCUGGAUCUUCACGAGCGUCGGAAUCUCGUACACGACGAGUAGCGCUUUGUUGGCGCUUUCAGUGUUCGACUAUCACGGCGCGGGCUGGGUGCCCCGGAGGACGCGGUCACAGCUAACGGCCACCGCUGCCCUCGGGCUAUCCUGUGCUAUUCUAUCGUUUCUGCUCUCUUGGUUGCACGGCCGACACGGAUCCAGUUGCCACGCACCCCCGGGCGAGGACGACCCGACUCAGCAGCUCUAUAAGCCUGUAGAUAGUUCCUCCUCAGGGGCAACCCUAAAGGACGGCGUUCGCUCGACGAAGCAGCCGCCGCCAUGGGUAGCCAAGAACUCGAAGAAGCACCGGACCAGCAUGGACUCGAACAACGGCAACAACAAGCCGCGCAAGGACCACUGGGCCUCGGCGCGCGACCACUUCCUCAACACGAACCAGUUCGACGAGGAGCUAGAGAAUCAGGGCACGAGUGCCGCAGCCGACAAGGAAAAGGACCAACCGGAACCGGAGCGUCGCCGCCAGCGUAGGCGUCGCGACGCCGACGGCAGUAGCGGUACUGGCGGCAACAUGACCGCCAGUCAAACCAAGACGAGCUUCAGCACCGACGAGAGCAAGAAAAAGGCGCCGCCUAAGAAACUACCCAUACAGUCGGCCGACAAGGCUCGACCGCGUAACUCCAAGGACGGCGCCAAGAAGACGACCACGAGGACAUCCGUGACCAGGAGCGAGAUCCAGGAGUACUGGAUGCAGGGCUACGAGCACGUGCAGCGCACCGACAAGACCACUGCGAACAUCGAGCAGUGGCAGUCGGCCGCGAUGAAGAGCCUCGAAGAGAAGAAAGCCAAGGACGAGCGCUGGGCCGAGUCCUGGCGACAGCACAAGGACCAGAAGGAACCCGCGCAACCCGACGACGCCAAACCCUGCUCCAGCAAGACCCUCGAGCCCCUCAACUUUGCCUGAAGCAUUAACCGACACUCUCCUUCUCCUCCUCUUCUUCUUAUCAAAAUGCUGCACUGUAAUGCGCUUCUCUCGGCCAUCGUCACACACACACACACACACACACACACACACACACACACACACACACACACACACAAACACUUUUCGAACUGUGCGCGGAAGCUACUACUGCGCGUCGCUAUACAUAUUUACAUAGAACGGCGGGUGAUAUAGAGAAAGAAAGAAAAAAAGUUAAUAAAAAAAGUCUCGAAAGCCGCGGGCUGCGAAUAUUAAGGGGAGUCACUUUGCCGUUCCCGAGCCAACGAUGCGCCCAUCGCCUUUUGAAAAGGCCGCUGUCCUUGUCCCGCGAAAAGGCAAGGCGUUUUCAGAAGUUCUGAACUUCUGUGUACGUACCGCGGAAUUCGAAAUUUAACUUAUUAUUAUAUUGUAUGUAUUAUCGAUAUAAGAUCCUUUUUUGCGUAAAGCUUCUUUUGAUGCGCGAGUUCAGGACCAAAGUAUGCAUUUAUCGCUGUCGAUUCUCUCGCCGCGGUGUUCAAAACUUUCUUUGGGACAACGAAGUUUUCGAUUGUGCGAAGAAAUUGCCUUCCUUCUAGCGCUGCUAUGCACAAAGGCUGAUGAAAUUUAAUUCCAUUUGAAUGAAAGUAUCGAUACAGUUUUAUACAAUUUUUCCUCCUUAGCGAUGUACAUGCAAUUCAAACUUUCCUUUAUCUUUAUUCAUUUAUUCGUAGCCGAGAAAGAUACUAUUUUUGUACGUUCGAUCGCUUAUCAUUUCACUUUGCUUAGAAUAACACUUAGCGUACGCAACCAGUAGUGAAAAUUGAGGGUAAGGUCAUCGAUUUCACAGAGCAAUCAAAACUAGCUUUACGUACAAAAAUCUUAUUCCAAUAUCAAGAUAUAAGACGAUAACUUGCGUUUCAUUAUCGGGAGAAAAUGUGAGCCCUGAUGAGACUGCCUAGCGUCGCACGGGCUGUUGAUGCAUGGAUUGAAUCUUUCUUUGACGUCGUUGGUCUGAUUUGCGCACGUCGUGCUGAAUUUUUCCGUCUUAUUUCAGUGCAACAACAAGAAGCAAGAGUGAAAAAAAACUCGUCAUUAUAGUCAUUUGUUCUAGUCACUCAUAUGUAUCGUAUCGUUAUGUACCCUUACUUUGCUGUCGGAGUUUUGUAUCCAUCACAUUAUAAACAAUUGUCUCGUCUACGUUUUUGUCGUGUGUGCUAUACCGAUACGGUUGAUUUAAACGGUGUGUUCUACAAAGUAUUACUCUUAGUUGUAAUUUUUCAUAAAUGCACAUUAUCAUAGUUAUAGACUUUCUUUGCAUUUUUAUACAAGCAUCUGUGUAAUUCGUUCGAUGUAUAAGAUGAGAGCGUGUGAUUGUCGAGAUAUCAACAAAAUAUUAUAUAGAAGAUGAAAAUAACCUUGUGUUCGUAUAUGCGAUACUAUUAUCGUGAUACUGCCACGUGAACUUAAGAAAUGGACGAUACAGUGGAGUCUAUCGUAAGUUCUGUAAAGUAAAUAAAUUCGGCAUAAUCAUAAUGUAAAAAA